AUGGCGGCUCGCGGCGUCGGGCUAUUGACCCGUUUGUCCCUGAGCGCUCAGAGAAGCCAAGUCCAGUGCCCUCUUCGCAGGCUUCUCAGUUGCCCAGGAACGGUGGCCGCAGACCUCAGGAGGGAAGAGCAGUCUUCGGGGAGCGCGGAGACAGGCUCUGAAGACAGGACUCCAAAAAAGAGAUUCUCCGAGGUGCAAAACGAGAGACGAGAGCAGGCCCAGCGGACUGUGUUGAUCCACUGCCCAAACAAAAUUGAUGAGAAAAAGUUUCUCAAGUUCUUAUCCCAGCAUGGACCUAUUAACAGCCACUUCUUCUAUGAAAGUUUUGGUCUUUACGCUGUUGUAGAAUUUUGUCAGAAGGAAAGUGUAACUUCAUUGCAGAAUAUAACUCGGACUCCAAGCCUGGGCCCAGAGGCUGCAAUUCCAUUCAAGUCACGUUACUUCAAUUUAAAAUUGAGAAAUUCAUCAAACCAGACUUCUGAACUGUCAAGUAUUCAAUGUAGUAACCAGUCUUCUCCUUCAAGCAAGAAGCUUUAUCAGUUACUUUGUUGUGCAGAAAGUGUAGAUGAUCAGCUAAACACUCUGUUGAGGGAAUUCCAGCUCACCGAGGAGAACACCAGGCUCCGGUAUCUCACCUGCUCUCUCAUUGAAGAUGUGGCAGCUGCGUACUUUCCGGACUGUGCAGUCAGACCCUUUGGCUCCUCAGUGAACAGUUUCGGGAAACUAGGAUGUGAUUUGGACAUGUUUUUGGAUCUAGAUGAAAUUGGAAAAUUUACUGCUCAAAAGACCUCAGGAAAUUUUCUGAUGGAAUUUCAAGUGAAAAACGUUCCUUCGGAAAGAGUUGCAACUCAGAAGAUCCUGUCUGUGAUAGGAGAGUGCCUAGACCAGUUUGGCCCAGGCUGCGUGGGAGUACAGAAAAUACUGAAUGCCCGCUGUCCCCUUGUCAGGUUCUCACACCAGGCCUCUGGAUUUCAGUGUGAUUUGACUACUAACAACAGGAUUGCCUUGAAAAGUUCUGAACUGCUUUACAUGUAUGGUGCCCUGGACUCGCGGGUUAGAGCCUUAGCAUUCAGUGUCCGAUGCUGGGCUCGAGCACAUUCGUUAACGAGUAGUAUUCCUGGUGCUUGGAUUACAAAUUUCUCCCUCACCGUGAUGGUCAUCUUUUUUCUCCAGAGGAGGUCACCUCCUAUUCUUCCAACACUAGACUACCUAAAAACCCUUGCAGAUGCAGAAGAUAAGUGUAUAAUAGAAGGCUACAACUGUACAUUUGUUCGUGACUUGAAUAGAAUUAAACCUUCAGGAAACACGGAAACACUAGAAUUACUACUGAAAGAAUUUUUUGAGUAUUUUGGAAAUUUCGCGUUCAAUAAAAAUUCCAUUAAUAUUCGACAGGGAAAGGAACAGAACAAACCAGAAUCUUCUCCGCUGCACAUUCAGAAUCCUUUUGAAACUUCUCUCAACGUUAGCAAAAAUGUAAGUCAAAGCCAACUGCAAAAAUUUGUGGAUCUGGCCAGAGAAAGUGCCUGGAUUUUACAUCAGGAAGGUAAAGACCGCCCUUCGCCAUCAAGUAAUCAGCCUUGGGGGUUGGCAGCCCUGCUGCUACCUUCUGUAGCAAAUAAUGUGUCUCUUUCCAAGAAGAAAAAGAAGCCUGCAAGUGAAAGAAUUAAAAACUUGUUGGAUUCCAUAAAAAGUAGCGGUGCAGAAAAUUCCACAGCCACUAAUGGGAGAAGAGCAAUUAGCACUCAGGCAUGA